AUGCCGCCUAGAUUAGAGGUGCUGCAGCGCCUGGGCACUGUCAAUCUGUGUCUUCGGCCGGCGGCUCGACCAGCGACUCCCAACUUCCUCCCCGUCAUCCAGACGGCCAAUCUAUCACAACGAGAGAGGAAGCGCAAGGCGAAGCAGGAUCCGUACAAGUGGGCACAAGCGCAGCAACGGAAAAACGCUAACCUCAAGCGUCGCGAGGAGCUGCAGAAGCAGAGAGACGAGGCAUGGGGCAACCCCGUGCUGGGGAAGACGACACCGUUCCUCGAGUCCCUUGAUACUGCUGGCCAGGUUGGCCUCAGUGAAGUAUUCCGAGACCCAAGCGGCAAUGCUCUCCAAACACCCCAUGAGCUGCCGACGACGCCUGGUCUCCGAAACCACUUCCUCACCGAUGCCGAGUUGGAAGAAGCCACCAAACACGCCUUUACCCUCAGCAAGCCCAUGACGGGCAUCGUCAGCGACCAAUUCAGCAAUGCGUCGCCCAAUGAAGCCAUUGAAAAACACAAGCAGGAUCACGCCAAGGCGAUAGAGGCCUUGAAACGCAUCACCUCGUUGCGAAACGGCAGCGGCAAGGACCGCUUUCACGCCAAUGUUCGCCGGCUCGUUGAUGAGUUUGGGCGCCACAAGACGGACAAGUUCCUGGAACCAAGGCCGCAAUCCAUUUCGCCGAAUACGACACCCAUGCCUGCGCGUGCUGGCCCGGAUACGGGCAGCUCCGAGGUCCAGAUUGCCAUCCUCACGGCAAAGAUUCGAACAUUGUCCAAGGCCCUUCAGAUUAACAGAGGGUACAAGGACCAUCAUAAUAAGCGAAACUUGAGAUUGUUGGUUCACCGUCGACAAAAGCUCUUGGCCUAUAUGGAGAGAAAGGAGAGGGGAAGCGAGCGAUGGACGCAUAUGAUUGAGAAGCUGGGCCUCACGCCAGCUACCUGGAAGGGCCAGAUCGACUUGUAA